AUGAAAGAAUUGAUCUUUCUUCAUUUUGGCAAUUGUGGGUGUGAGAUCGGAAUUGAUCUUUGGAAUUUAUUUGCCAAAGAACACAAAUUACCUUCUUGUUCCCUUGACCCUGGCCAACAAAACAAUAGCAUUAAUAAUCUAUCAUGUUUAUAUGAUGAGUCUAUCAGAAUGGAGAAUGUUUAUCAUGCUCGAUGUUUAUUCUUUGAUACAGACUCACAAAUACAGAGACUGACCAAGGCAUCAUCAAGAUCUCAAUCUCAAUUUAAGGAAGAAAAUAUAGUUUCCCCUAUUGAUUAUGCAGAUUAUGAUGCUUCAUCAAAUUUUGGAAAAGGAUAUCACAUCAUGAGUGGAGAAAUGUGGGACUAUGUUAAGGAGAGAGUGAGGAAAAUGGUGGAAAAUUGUGAUUCGAUGGGGACUGUACUGGUUACUCAUUCUCUUGGUGGAGGAACUGGAUCUGGAUCGACCUCUUCUCUUAUCUAUGAUUUGGCCCAUGAAUUUCAACUUCCAAUGGUAAGUAAAUAUGGGCACGAUAUUGUUGACACUAUGAUCAAGUCAUGCUUUUCAAUUUUUCCAACGGAAACCUAUUCUACAUCAAUAUUGGAGCCAUACAAUGCAGUUAUUGCCUUGCAUUAUAUUCAUGAUAAUGUACAAUCUAUAUUUUCGUAUGAUAAUUAUGCUCUAUCAAAUGCGUGCGUGGAGAGUGGUAUAAAGAAUCCAAACUUUAAGGAAAUGAACCAUCUGAUUUCACAAAACAUUUCAACAUUAACAUCUCAGAUUAGAUUCGGAAGUUUACGUGAUGUGUGUGAAACUCUUCCUAUUUCAUAUAAUGCCAACAUAAUAUGCAAUAGUUUUGUAAACUUGCAAGAUACAUCCAUGACUGAAUUGAGCAUAAAGGAUAUCUUUUCAAGAAAUACCUCAAUGAAUAUGGCCAAUAAUGGUGUUACCAUAGCAAUGAAUAUAGCAAUGAGAGGCGAUUUUUCAAAGAAUCACACAAGCUUACUUUCAGAAAAACUCAAAACUGAUUGGAAAUUUUCAAAUGAGACAGAAAAAGCCCAAUAUCAAAUAUCAAACAAGGGGCCAGAGAAUGUCUACCCAGAGUCUUUCAACUUUUCAAAUGUAAUGCACAUUGCCAACAAUACUACCUCUAUCACAAGCUAUCUUGAAAACCUUCUGAAACAAUUUGAUUUGAUGUAUAGUAAGAGAGCUUUCGUUCACUGGAUUGUGGGAGAUGGUGGUUUUGAAGAAGAUGGGUUCUACGAAGCCAGAGAGCAACUCGCAACAACAAUUGAAUGUUACUCUUCUUUCCACAACUGA